UAUGUCAAUCAAUUUGAACCAUUAGAUAAUCGGCGGUUAAACAUAUAAACUUUAAUUCACCACCCUUAGAUCAAAUUCUCCCACUAAUAUUUUCAAGAUAUUUUAUGGAUUGUUUUUAGUAGUAGUGGUAAAGAGUUUAAGACUUUUUGAGUUCUUUCAAACUUCACCAACGAUAGUGCUUUUUUACUAUUAUUUUUGUUUUCUCCCCCCACUUUCAUAAAGUACGAGGAUUUUGUUUGUUAAACAUAAGUAAGAAUCGAAAGAAAUGGGUGAAGUUGUUGUAAGCAGUGAAGGUGAUUUAGAGGUCAUAGGAACUGAUGAGAUGGAGUUGCAGAUAGAAACAGAGGCUGGUGGAAAUAUGAACAAGAACAAGGAAACAGAGACAUCUUCUUCAAUUGUGAGAUGGGAAAGAUUUUUGCCUAAAAUGGUAUUUAGAGUUUUGUUGGUGGAAUCUGAUGAUUCAACACGACAGAUUGUUGCUGCUCUUCUUAGGAAAUGCAGUUACAGAGUCGCUGCAGUUUCUGAUGGUCUAAAGGCAUGGGAGUUGUUGAAAGGCAGACCUCACAACAUAGACCUUAUCCUGACAGAAGUUGACCUGCCAUCGAUCUCCGGAUACGCUCUUCUUACCUUGAUUAUGGAGCAUGACAUUUGCAAGAACAUUCCUGUAAUAAUGAUGUCCUCAAACGACUCAGUUAGUACCGUUUAUAGAUGCAUGCUGAGAGGUGCAGCAGACUUUCUUGUCAAGCCUGUUAGGAAGAAUGAAUUAAAGAACUUGUGGCAGCACGUCUGGAGAAGACGAGCUACAAGUAUUAGUUCCCAAGGGCCUCCUGAUGAAAGUGUUGCACAACAAAAGGUCGAGGCCACAGCUGAAAACAAUGCUUGCAGCAACCAUUCAAGUGGUUAUAACGCUUGCGUUCAGAGAAAUCGGGAAUGCAUUGAGAAAGGAAGUGAUGCUCAGAGCUCAUGCACAAAGCCGGAAUUGGAGAAUGAAGAAGAGAAUGCAGAAGGCUUACCAAAAUCUAUUCACCCAAUUAGGACUGCAUCUCUUCCAAAUGAUACAGAUUUUGGGAAGGAACUAUUUUAUGAAGCAAAUAAUAGACUGCAAGUGUCCGAGAAUGAUGCUAGAGCUCCUACAAAAGAUAUGAAUACAAUGAACAGGGGAGAAGAUAUUAAUUCUGAUGAUAAUUGGGGUCAUGUUCGUGCAAUUGAUCAAACUUGUGACGAAAAUCCUGGUCCUCCAACUAAACAAGCCAUAGACUUGAUCGGAGCGUUUGAUAAUAACCUCAAAUGGAAUUUCAAAAGUUCUGGUUCCACCACUAGGAUUAACAAGGCUGAUCCUUCUCCACUACUGGAUCUUUCAUUGACAAGAUCCCACCCAAGUGGUUCUGUAAAUCAAUUUACAAAUAAGAAGCGCAGAUUGAACCAUUCUGAUGGUUCAGCCUUCACACGGUAUGUGAACAGGGCAAUGCAAUCUGGACAGUCAACGUCGCCUAGGACAUAUAAUCAACAGGAAAAUGAAACUGAUUCUGAUAAGCAUUUCUGUAGUAAUGCCAUUGAUUACAACUCGGACGUCCGUGCUGCGAUGACUAGACCUCACAGUUUUGCCCCUCCUAGCUGUGGAGAAGCAGGACCAGUUGAAAUUGGACUUCCUUCUCCUCAGCAGAGAGUGACGCCUCUCCCUAUACCGGUGAGAGGUAUCAGGUUCGAGGGACCAAGCAGUGCCUACAGUUCCAUGAUAGCUCCAAUACUUCGUAUGCCAUCUGGCAUUUCGCCACUGCAGAGUCCAUGUUCGGGUACUCCUCGGGAACCUUCCUAUCAGGCAAAUCCAUUCCUUACGUUAAAUUGUGAAAGUAGGAGCUCUCAGCAAUUGCACUCACAGAGUAAUCAAAACCACAGUGAUGAGGGAAAGAGGGGGAACAAAUCUGAACCUACAAUUGAUUGCCGAUAUUUUCCUUCUGCAACUGAUCAAACUAUAAACAGCAGUUACUGCAAUGGUGACCUAAACCAAGUUCAUUUGAGUUAUGGCAGCAAUGGAAACAUCUCACUUCCACUAGGAAAAACACUGGCGGAGUGUAGGAAAGAAGAAAGCUUUCACACUCCUGAUGGGAAUUCUCAUCGAUCUCAAAGAGAAGCAGCUCUUAUGAAAUUUCGCCAGAAGCGGAAAAAUAGAUGCUUUGAAAAGAAGGUAAGAUAUGAAAGCAGGAAAAAACUUGCUGAGCAGCGUCCCAGAGUGAAAGGACAGUUUGUUCGUUCCUAGUGAGCCUUCACCAGGUAACUCAUAGGCUGUUUGGCAAUAUAGGAUCACGACUUCAUCCAAACUAGAGGAGGAAGCAGAACAAAUACAAGUGGUGUCAAACGACUUGAAAGUUUGUCCUUCCAGAGUUCGAGGAACAAACGAGGGGAUGACCAAGUUUUGAUAUGCACUCCACACUGAUAGUGUGCAUCUAUUGUUAAUAGGAAUCACGGCCUGAUGAGGAAUUCUUUACAUUUUUGUGAAGGAGGGCAGCCCUGCCCUUUGUCUGUGAUGAUAAAUACAUAUGGUACAUCUCUCAGUUAACAGAUACGUUAGAAACAUCAAAUAUUCAUGACUAGGAUCAAUUCACCUUUCAUGUUAUAGUUGGUUAGAUGAUCAAAUCCUUUUUCUGAUGGUAAAUUGUUGGAGUCUUUUAGUGUCUCUCGGUUAUCUGAUGUAGCAUACCACGACUAGCUCUAGAUCUAUGUACAGAGAAUUAGCAGAGAUUUUCUGAUGUAUAGCAGCUACUGGACUUUUUACGUUUCUGUGCAUGAGAAGAAAUUUGUUGUUGUAACAUAGUUACAUAUAAAGUUGAGUAAUAUAGUAUUAUCCCUUAUCUCGA